CCCAGUCCACAGACGUGGUGUACCUGAUGACGAAAGGAAUCUUGCUCGCUCGUGAUGACUCAAAAAGAAGGCUGCAAAGCACUUUGAGUAGUCCAACGAAGCUGCGCUUAUUUCAAAAGAAAAACUUCUGUUCUUCUGACGUUUCUUCCGUGAUCUUGCAGUAACUAAGAUUUUCAAUCAAGAUGGCUUCAAGGAAAAAGGUUCUUCUGAAAGUUAUCAUCCUUGGCAACUCUGGUGUUGGUAAAACAUCUCUGAUGAACCAGUAUGUUAACAAGAAAUUCUCAAACCAAUAUAAGGCUACGAUCGGCGCAGACUUUUUGACAAAGGAAGUCAUGGUGGAUGACAGGGUUGUUACCAUGCAGAUUUGGGACACUGCUGGGCAGGAGAGAUUUCAAUCGUUGGGUGUGGCAUUCUACAGAGGAGCAGAUUGCUGUGUGUUAGUUUUUGAUGUCACUGCUCCAAAUACCUUUAAAUCUCUGGACAGCUGGAGAGAUGAAUUCCUUAUUCAAGCUUCUCCCAGGGAUCCUGAAAAUUUCCCAUUUGUUGUUCUGGGUAACAAAUGUGACAUGGAAAAUAGAUUGGUAUCUAGCAAAAGGGCCCAACAGUGGUGUCAGAGCAAAAACAACAUUCCCUACUUUGAGACUAGUGCGAAGGAGGCUCUGAAUGUUGAACAAGCAUUCCAGACUAUUGCCAAGAAUGCAUUGGAGCAGGAGUCUGAAGUUGAAUUGUAUCCUGAAUUUCCUGACCAAAUUAAAUUGGACCCCAAUCAACGUGCGCCAAGAGGAGAUAGCUGUGGCUGUUAACAUAUUACGGCUUAAUUUGUCAAUCCUACAGAAUAACCUAUGAACAUAAUGAGGUGUUGUCCUCAACUGAAGGUGUGCCUGUGUUACUCCAGCACAGUAAAGAGUCGGUGACCAGGGAAGAGAUAUUUUGUACACAUUAUUUACAUUUUUUUUAAUCAAUAAUUUUAGUGUGGAAAAUGGAAAUUUACUCUCUGAAGUAGUGCUUUGUGCACAGUGAUAUUUUUCCUUUUUAGUCACAGAUUUUGACUUGGAAAGUAGUCCAUGUCACUUAUUACUUUCUCAGACCAGAAACAGGUAUCAGAUUAAAAGUAAUUUUUUAUUGCUUUCUAAAAUAGUUAGAUUGCUUCAAACCAAAAGUUCCUUCACCAAAGUUUCUUUUGUCACUCACCUAUUUUGCUGGACUAAGUGAUUUUUAUAUUUUACCAGAUUCUUAUGUUACUGCUAACGUGUUUACUUGCUUCCUGUACGUCCUUCAGUAGGUGUAUAUGAUUAUAGGUGGUUUUUAAAGCUAUAUAUUGUUUUACUUUUCCAAAUUCAAUAAUCAGAACUGAUAGUACUGCUCUUUUGUUCAGAACUAUCAGCUAUUGAACACAAUGCUAUAGUACAUUUAUGAUCUUUACUUUGUUUGUAUAUAUCUCUUGCAAAUUUAUUGUAUUAGUGAGAGGCCAUGUAUUAUAUUAUGAAGACCCGCAAGCUUCUAUAGCUCUGCUGUGCUGUGAUGUCUUCUAAAUAUCCUACAGUAUAGAUGGUUACCUACAAUGCAAUAUGAAAGAAACAUCAAUUCCUUGUAGAUUUAUUGCCGUGAGAUUGUUUUUAUUUUGUGAAUAUGUGAUACUUGGAGAUAAUUUCUGGUUAUGAAGUGAGUUUUCAUAGGUUAUAAACCGUACUGUACAUCAAAUAUUAUCAAGGUAGUAACUUUAAACCUUUUAUCAAAUAUCAAAGAAUUAGUUGCAUGAAGAAUCAAGUACUGAGUGAUGUCAUUCUUUCCUCAGAAAUUUGACCCCAAAUUGAUCUUAACCAGCAGACAAUGUAGACUCAGACCAAUUAAUAAACACUUGCCAAAAUGUAUCAUUUUUGGCCAUUUUAGCUAAUUUUGCUAAACCCCUUGCUGGAUGCAAGACUUCUCUUUUCAAUUAAUUAGUGCAGAGUCCAGUGUAUUGUUCAAAAACUUUGAUGCUACAGUCAGUGCCUAUGGCCCUGGGCCAAUUACAUUAAUGGCAGUCGUCUUCACCACUUUCAUCGGCUUGUAAUAGAGAAUCCUACAAUCAGUAUGAAUUUCUUGUAAUAGGUUAUUCUAUAAUCAAAUAGUAGUUUGAAGUUGCUUGAAUUUUGAAGUAUGGAAAACCUGUGUGUUUUUGCCAUGGGUGUGAUACAGGAUGGGUUACAUUGAAUACUUCAGAUGGUCAAGAGAGAUUUGAACAACUAGAGGUCUUUCUCUUUUUAAAUCUGUUGUUUGUUGUCCUGCUUUAAUAGUUUUCUUUAUGAAUUUCUGUAAUGUUGGUGUUAUGUACAGGUUAGAGGUCUAUAAACCAUUUAACUCUCUUAUGGUUGUUUAAUUUGUUGUAAGGAAAUGUGUAUUGCAUUCCUUUUGGAUGUGCAAUUUCAAUUUAUUGCGAGCAGAUGAAGCGUUGCUUUGUUAGGCAGUUGUAUACCUAAUGUGUGUUUCUUCUACACUAGUAAUAUUUGUUUCCCUUUUAAUCCCUAAUUCUUUAUUUCUCCCCACUAGUGAUAUAUUGUGGUGAAGUGACUGCUCUCAUGUAUCCAGUUAUCUUACUCAAUUAUUAGACAUGCAUUAUAUGAUAGGCAUGCUUAUUCUCUUUACUUUCAACUGACAGCUGGAAACAUUGUCACAGAAAUUUGGCUCAUAGAAUUAAGAGAAAUGUAAUAGAUAAAUUUGUAAAAUAAAUUGAAAAAUGCCAA